AUGCGGUUUACGUAUGUGCAUUCUGGAUGGGAAGGGAGUGCGAAUGAUUCACGAGUCAUGCAGGACGCACUUGGACAUGCCGAGUAUGAGUUCCCUUGGCCGCCUAGAGGAUCGUACUACCUCGUUGACUCGAGGUACGCAAUAGGCAGUGCAUUCCUCUCCCCACACAAGUCCGCACACUACCAUGCCCAAGAGUUUCGAGGUGUGAACCGGCAGCCUACUACCUCACAAGAGUUGUUCAAUUAUAGGCAUUCGUCAUUGCGGAUGGUGAUUGAACGAUGCUUUGGCGUGUUGAAGGCGAGGUUCUCGAUCCUGAAUGAAAUGCACUCCUUCUCCCUCUCUAGACAACGGCUGAUUGUGACCGCUUGCUAUUCACUGCAAAACUUUAUCCGCAUAUAUAACCGGGAGGAUGAAAUGUUCCAUAUGUGGGAAGGAUCAUUUGUGCGUAACAGCGACGCAACCGUAGCGGGAGUUGCACGCGUAGGCAGUUGGGGCACUGAAGAAGCUUUUAAUACUCGGGCACAACGAACGAUGUCGGAGUAUCGUGAUGCGAUAACUGCUGCUAUGUGGACAGAUUACACAGGCAACCGUGAUUGA